CCUUUUGAGAGGGUCCCAGCCCCUGAGAUGCGGGAGCCCGCAAGAGGGAACCUCUUGUCUGAAGAGGUUGCUGCGCCCUGGAGUCGUGCUCUGGGACAGAUGGGCAAGCUCCGCUCUUGGGGCCGGAAUGCGACGGGCCGGGAGCGUGUAGCGUCUCCACCCGGGCUCCAAUCCCCAGCCUCGCACUCAGCGCCAGGCCGAGUUCAGCCUCCCGCCGCAAGUUCCCUCCCGCCGCUCCCAGCGAGCACGCAGGUCCGGGUGUCCGUUCAGCUAGGGCUUAAAAACCCAACACGGGCGAAAAAGACGCGGUCUCAGUUAACGGGGACGCUUUAAAGCAACGCACUUCCCUCUCCUGUUCCGGUUGGGUCGGCGCGGGCUUCUCAGGCCGCACGUGGGAUUCGGCCCGGUGCUCUUGUAAGCUGCUGCUCCUGCGGUUGGUGAGAUUACCUGGGUCUUGAGUGCGGAGCUGCUCCGUGGCCACGAGGACGGCACCAUGCCUAAAGCACCAAAGGGAAAAAGUACAGGACGGGAAAAAAAAGUCAUCCAUCCAUAUAGUAGAAAAGCAGCUCAAAUUACGAGAGAGGCCCACAAACAAGAAAAAAAGGAAAAAUUGAAGAAUGAAAAGGCCUUGCGUCUCAACCUUGUUGGUGAAAAACUGCAAUGGUUUCAAAAUCAUCUUGAUCCCCAAAAAAAGAGAUAUUCAAAGAAAGAUGCUUGUGAACUAAUUGAAAGGUACCUAAAUCGAUUCAGCAGUGAGCUGGAGCAGAUUGAGUUACAUAACAGUAUCAGGGACAGGCAGGGGAGGCGGCACUGUUCCCGGGAGACCGUCAUCAAGCAGACGAUGGAGCGGGAGCGGCAGCAGUUUGAAGGAUAUGGCCUUGAGAUUCCAGACAUUCUAAAUGCAAGUAAUCUGAAAACAUUUAGGGAAUGGGACUUUGAUCUGAAGAAACUACCAAACAUUAAAAUGAGAAAAAUUUGCGCUAAUGAUGCAAUUCCCAAGAAGUGCAAGAGGAAAACUAUUAUAACUGUAGACCAAGAUUUGGGGGAAUUGGAACUAAACGAUGAAUCAAGUGAUUCAGAUGAGGAAAUGACUGCAGUGGCCUAACUGUCUUCACUUGAAUUGAAAAUAAAUAAUUUGAGAGCUUCAAAUUAUAUUCAUUGAUUAUGGUACCUAAUUGUCAAGAUACAAAAAUUUGAUACUGACAUUCUCUUAUGUGAUGAGAGUUUCAUUUGCGUUUCAAAAAUGGUGUUAUGAUAUUUAUUUUAAAAUGAAGAUUGCUUUUCAUUUACAUUAAGUUGCUAAAAUAGAUAGACGUGAUCUGCAGAAGUUGUUUAGUCUUCAUCUGAAUUUUGGGCCGGGAGGGAGCAAUAUAACUAAGGACAAAAAAUGUGUUGUGUUUCUUGUGUAUUUAUGAUCACCUAAUUUCACAUUUUGUGAAAUGGACAGUAACCUGUUUCCUGAAAGAUUCCUGUGGGUACUUUUUGAGCUGUGAUAAUAGCAAAAUUGUUUUUCGGUAAUAAUAUCACACUAAUGCUUCUUUUAAACAUUAAACCUAUUUUCCUUUUUUACAAAAUAAGGGAAAAUGUGACAAGAAGUUUGUAUACACUGGUGGAUUAUAGAUUAUUAUUUAUCUUCUGAACCAGAGCUAAAUGGUAAAAGAAAAAAAUCAGUGAUGAUUGUUAUGUUCAUCUCCCACAAUUAAUUUGUCUUUUGACAAAGGGGAUAAAGAGUUUCAGUUUAGCUCCUUUUGAUUGUAUAUUAUUUUUUGCUUUUUUAUUGUGAAAAGUGAUAGGUUUUAUUUGUGGAGAGAGAAUUGAAGAUAAGAGAACCAGUGAUUUUAAUUAUGCUGCUUUUUCUUCUAAGAGAUAAAUUGACAUAUAAUUCAGUAUUUUCAGUGUCAUGAAAAACAUGAAUGUUGUACAAUUUUCUUCCUCAAAAAACUUUUUAAAUGCAAGUAUCCUUAUUAUUUUUUUAAAAGAGCACAAUGCAGGUGUAUUUGAGUAUUUUCAAGAAAAGAAUAAAAACAUUAAUGCAGUAUUAGGUUAACUGGAUAUCAACUAAGCCUUGUUAACAGUUAAAGUAUUAUAACUUUUUUUACUUCUGAAAAUUAAAAAUAAAAUUUAUUUCUUCAAUUUCA